CUGUGAAUGUCCCACCAGACUUCAUAAAGGAUUAUUAUGAACACUUUUGGGCAGCAGCCCACUAACCCCCAUGCACAGGACCUACUGGAUAUGGCAAUGUACUGUGAUCAUUUCAGCCUCUACCACCAGCAGCAGAACCAGCAACUGCCUCAGAGACCAGCAGCUCCCCCAGCCCUGGGCUAUGGACGCAAUGAGUACUCAUCCCCCACUGCCAGCCCAUACCCCUGGCUAAAUGGACCUGCCAUGAACUCAUCACCUUAUCUCAAUGGAGGCAGUGGCUCCCCUUACUUCCCAGCAGGAUAUGGCGGUGGCCAGAGGCAGUUCAUUCCUCCUUCUUCUGGGUUUGGGGUGGCUGAUUUCCCUUGGCUUUCCAUUCCAAACCAGGCAGACUUAUUAAAGAUGGUGCGCCCCCCAUACUCCUAUUCCUCUCUCAUUGCCAUGGCUAUCCAGAACAACCCAGAGAAGAAGCUGACCCUCAGCCAGAUUUAUAGCUACGUGGCCGAAAACUUUCCCUUCUACAAGAAGAGCAAAGCCGGCUGGCAGAACUCGAUCCGGCACAAUCUCUCUCUUAAUGACUGCUUUAAAAAAGUGGCCAGGGAUGAUAAUGAUCCAGGUAAAGGGAAUUACUGGACGCUGGAUCCGAACUGUGAGAAAAUGUUUGAUAAUGGGAAUUUCAGAAGAAAGCGGAAAAGGAAAUCGGAGAGCGUGGAAGCGGGGUUUGAUGGGGACGCCAGUGAAGACAAGAAGGAACUUGCUCUGAAAUCCUUAGGGUCAGACAGCCCUCGAGGAGCUUCGGCGCUUGAGCAGAGCAGUUAUGGCACCCCUGAGAGUAAGAGCAGGCCGGCGGGGGGCUUGGCUGCCCUGGACAGUAGUCACUGUUUCACAAAUUUUGCCUCCAACAUGAAUGCGCUGAUGAAUGUGGGGGCCCCCAGGCAUUUUUCUGCCAGACUCGGAGACUUCUCAAACUCAAGACAUUAUUUAGCAGAACUGGCUUCUUGCCCCAUUUCCAGCCCACAAAUCUCUGAACCCCAGACUGGUUCCAAAGUCCCCUGUUACCCCUCUAAGCAAGCGAGCAGCCUUUGCACUUCUGUCAUGAAUUCCUUCAGCCUCAACCACUUGUACAGCCGGGAGGGGGAGGUCUGACGCUGUUCUAUUGAGAUAUCAUUGCUGCUCUCUGGGGGGUUCAGGCAAUGAGCUUUUUAUUCCAAUUCUUUUAACGACGUACGUUUUUAAUAUCCAUAACUAUGAACUAUGCAGGUUGGGUUAUUUGCAGCCAGUAUGGGUAUGAGGAAGCACUCGCAGGGUUCAAUGGGUAGAUGCCAACUUACAUUUUUAAAACUGUUUUUAUAUUUUAUUUUUUUUUUUUUUAGCAAUUAAUGUAAAAAUGUUGUCAGUUUUUAAUUGUGUGAACUGAACUGCUGAAUCUUUGAGGAGGGUGGAAUAAAACUUUUGACUGAC